CCCCUAAUACGUAGGUAAAGUUUUAAGGGUGUUUUCGCUUCGCUUCGCGUCGCGCGGCUCGUCCUCUCCCUCGUCCCUAUCUUUUUCCAGUCGGCAGCCGCAAACGCAGCAGCAGUCACAUCACACAGUCUUCUUCAACUCCAGCUGUGACUUCCUUCCAGUCUGUAAAGAUUCAUGUUAGAUGCGGCUUUUGAACGACACUCCAAAUUGAAAAAAAAACAACUAUACACUGAUUACUUCUUCAAAAAAAAGGAGAAAAUCUUGGUUCUGUCACUGUUCUCUCCUGCCACCAAUUGUCAUUGAGACUUUGAGAGUUCAUUAACUUUUUCACGGACACAAUUUCACCAUGAUUAUCAUUCUCACUCAGAGCUCUGAUGAUCAGUAAGAGCUCAUGCACUGCUCCUGUGGAUGCAUAAGUGCAAAGAUUGUUGAAAUUGAUGGAUCCUGACACGAAUGACAUCAUAUCAUUUCAAGAAUUGUCUCUUGAUAAAGAAAAUGAGUUGGAGGAGUUAGAGGAAGAAGAUGAAUUAGAGGAAUAUGUAACAGUUGGUUUUCUUGAGAAGCCCAAGCACCCCAAGUUCCUUCUUCGCCAUCGAUUCCCAAGCAAAACUGGAGGUGCUCCUGCAUGGUUGGAUCCAUUGGACUUGCCUACAGGGAAGUCUUCUAUUUGUGAUUUUUGCGAAGAGCCUCUUCAGUUUCUUCUUCAGAUUUAUGCUCCAAUUUCUGAUAAAGAGUCUACUUUCCAUCGAAUGUUAUAUGUGUUUUUGUGCCCAUCCAUGAUAUGUCUUCUUCAAAACCAGUAUGAGCAAUGGAAACACAGAGAAGAAGAUCCUAGACGAAGUGUGAAAGUUUUCCGGUGCCAAUUACCACGAUUCAAUGCUUUCUACUCAAGUGAGCCACCCAGGAGGGAUGGGAAUGACAAGCCAUUGAUUGUUGGAGCUGCACUUUGCUCUUGGUGUGGCACAUGGAAAGGGGAGAAAGUUUGUAGUAGUUGUAAGCGGGCACCUUACUGCUCCAAGAAACAUCAGGCUAGGCAUUGGAAAUCAGGUCAUAAAAUCCAGUGCCAUCAGAUUAUAGGUAACUUGGAAACUAAUAGUUCCAGUGUCCUUAGAGAAAAACCUCCUGAUAAAGUUGCAUGUAGAUUAUGGCCUGAAUAUGAAAUGGUCAUAGAGGAUGAAUGCGCUUUUGAUUUGGAAGGUUCUGAAGAUAUUAGUUGUGAAACAUCAUCAUUGGUGCCUAAACACGUAACAGAUGACACAUAUCAGUUUUUGUUGGACAAAUUUGAGGCUGAUGAUAACAAAAAGAGUUGGGCCUCAUUUCAAGAAAGAAUUUCCAAAUGUCCUAGCCAAGUUUUGAGAUAUUCUCGAGAUUUGAUGGUAAAUCCACUAUGGCCUUUAUCAAUUGGGCGCCCUUCAUUGGUGAAUAUACCCAAGUGCAAGUACUGCAAUGGCUCCCUAUGCUACGAAUUCCAGAUCAUGCCUCAGCUGCUUUACUACCUUGGUGUGAAAAAUGAUUCCGAUUCGCUUGAUUGGGGGGUCAUUGUCAUAUAUACAUGUCUAGCUUCCUGUGAAUCAAAUGUAAGAUACAAAGAGGAAUUUACCUGGGUUCAGCUAUAUCCUACAGCACCAGUGACUUGAAGAUGUAUGCAAUGGUUGUUACUUAUAUCCUGGUAGAUUAUUACACUUGAGAUAUAUUUUGUACUAUAAGAUAAUAGAGGAUGGUAAUAUAGUUGAGCUACAAUGGACAUGAUGUAAACUAAAACUGAUUCAAUAGAAUGAACGUGCUAUAGAGCUGAAAUUUGAUUUUCUUA